AUGCCACACUUGUUCGGAGUGGAAUGGGCGCCGUUGAACAUCCCACUGACUCGACGUCUUCAAACGCUGGGCGCUCUUCACUUCUUCUUCAUCACUCUCUUCACACCCGUCCUCGUUCUCACUCUUCCGCUCUACUUGCUCUACACGGUCUUCUGGCCACUGAUUGCUGUUUAUGCCGUUUGGAUGAUCUAUGAUUGGAGUUCUCCACGGAAAGGUGCCUAUCGGAGUGAGUGGUUCCAGAGACAACGAAUUCAUUCCUGGUAUGCCAACUACUUCCCCGUUCAAAUGCACACGACUUCUGAGAUGCCCGAGGAACACAACUAUUUGAUUGGAUACCAUCCACAUGGAAUUAUCUCGAUGGCUGCUUUCAUCAAUUUUGCCACUAAUGGAACUGGAAUUCUCGACACUUUGCCACGUAUCCGAUUCCAUCUGUGCACAUUGGUUGGUCAAUUCUGGACUCCAUGGAGAAGAGAAUGGGGAUUGCUCCACGGCAUGAUUGAUUGCAGUCGAGAGAGUAUCAAACACGUUUUGGAGCAUGAAGAGAAGGGAAGAGCUGUUGUGUUGGUAGUUGGUGGAGCUGAGGAAGCACUCGAUGCCCAUCCGGGAUGCCAUAUUUUGACUUUGAAAAAACGAAAGGGAUUUGUUAAGAUUGCACUUCAAACUGGCGCUCAACUGGUUCCCUGCUAUUCAUUCGGUGAAAAUGACAUCUUCAAUCAGGCUGAUAAUCCAAAGGGCUCCUCGAUUCGACAAUUCCAGACGGUGAUGAAAAAGAUUCUGGGAUUCUCACCACCGGCGUUUUACGGAAGAGGUGUCUUCAAUUACACAUUCGGUCUUUUGCCUUUUAGAAAGCCAAUCAACACAGUGCUAGGUGCUCCAAUUCCAGUUGAGAAGACACUGAAUCCAACUCAAGAACAGAUCGACACUCUCCAUGAGACCUAUAUGAACAAGUUGCGCGACCUUUUCGAGGAACACAAAACGAAAUUCGAUGUUUCUCCGACCACACAGCUCGUCAUCAAUUAA